AUGACCAAUCUGAUAGGCGCCCCCCCCCCGUCUGCGGACCAUCUGCGCUGCGUGUGCAUGUUUGUGCUUCUGGUCCUAGAUGGUGGUGGUGGUGGUGGUGGUGGUGGUGGUGGUGGUGGUGGUGGUGGUGGUGGUGGUGGUGGUGGUGGUGGUGGUGGUGGUCAGGGCUGUGAUUGGUUGAUUGAAGGCAGAAUGAGCCCGAGACAGUUCUGUAUCAAUCUAGCCGCACCACCACCUGCAUGA